UUUUUCAUCAUUUUUUCUGUUUUUAUUGUGAUUUCCCAACUUACCAUUGCUCAUUUUUAAGAAUGUUUUCUUAUUCCUGUAAGAAUAAGAAUGUAAGAUGUAGUACAGUGUAAGGAUGAUUUGGUUGUGUAUAUUUCCAGUAUAUAGACAUUGCUAAUGUGCGCGUGUGUGUGUGUGUGUGUGUGUGUGUGUGUGUGUGUGUGUGUGUGAAGAGAUGAAGAUGUUGAGCUUGCAUCGAUCCGCCAGAAGUGGGGGAGGGGGGGUGUAUCUUCACCCACCCCUCCUCUCCCCCUCCCCUCCCUGUUUGCCUCCCAGCUGAUGCGCACUGCUCCACAGUUCUUCACAGUCUUCACCCCCCAACAGCCUCCCCUUCUUCCCGGACCACAACGACAGCUUUUGGACCUCGUCGUCGUCCUCCAAAUCUUCUUGCUGGUCCCGAUGAAGGCUUGGCAGUGAAGCGGUGACAGGAAGGCGGCAGGACGCUGCAGUCCAGUCAGUCAACUACUUGGCGGCGUUGCGGUGCUCUGCAGCGAGCUGAGGGAAGAUUGAUUCAAAUCGGGCGUGUCCUCACCAUCCUUGGCCCCGCCUCCGCCCCCCGCCGGAGGAUGGACUUCCCCGACGAGCUCCUGCUGGCCGAGCUGAGCCACCUGCAGCUCUACAACGACUCUCUCUUCCACAGCAACUUCAGCGGCGUCUACAACGAGACGGACACCCUGCUGCCCACCAGCGUGAAGGUGACCAUCGUGGUGGUCUACAUGAUCGUGUGCGUGGUCGGCCUGGUGGGCAACUUCCUGGUCAUGUACGUCAUCAUCAGAUACACCAAGAUGAAGACGGCCACCAACAUUUACAUCUUCAACCUGGCUCUGGCCGACUCCUUGUUCCUCGCCACUUUACCCUUCCAGGGCACCGAUGUCUUCCUGGGCUUCUGGCCGUUUGGGAACGCCCUGUGUAAGGCGGUGGUGUCCAUCGACUACUACAACAUGUUCACCAGCACCUUCACGCUCACCGUCAUGAGCAUAGACCGCUACGUGGCCGUCUGCCACCCCGUCAAAGCUCUGGACAUGAGGACGCCGCACAAGGCCAAGGUGGUGAACAUCUGCGUGUGGGUGUUGGCCUCAGCCUUCGGGGUUCCGGCCAUGGUGAUGGGGAACGUGGAGGAGGAGCAAGAGCACAAUAGUGUUGAGUGCAUCGUGGUCCUCCCAGGGCCGCGCAGCCACUGGGACGCGGUGUUCGGCAUGUGCGUCUUCCUCUUCUCCUUCCUUAUCCCGGUGGCCAUCAUCAGCGUCUGCUACAGCCUGAUGGUCAAGCGCCUGCGCAGCGUCCGCAUCCUGUCGGGGUCCAAGGAGAAGGACCGCAACCUGCGCCGCAUCACCAGGAUGGUCCUGGUGGUGGUGGCCGUGUUUGUGGUGUGCUGGACCCCCGUUCAGAUCAUGGUCCUGGCUCAGUCUCUGGGCUUCAACCUGAGCAGCCUGUCCACGCUGGUCCUCAUGCACUUCUGCAUCGCGCUGGGCUACGUCAACAGCAGCCUCAACCCCGUGCUCUACGCCUUCCUGGACGAGAACUUCAAGCGCUGCUUUCGCGAGUUCUGCCAGCCGUCGCCGUUCCGCCUGGACACGCAGCAGUCGGGCCGCAUGAGGAGCAUCGCCAGGGAGGUGGCGGCCGCCUACAGCUGCAAGGCCGGCGAGGGGGGCGGGCCCGGCGGCGGGACUCCGAAUCCCGCGUGACUAGGCGUGGAGCUGCCCCUGGUGGGGGUGGACCCCCCGCAGUGUGGGGACACGCCCGGGACGGGGAACUCCAACACGGAGCUGACUCAGAUCACCGCGCUCUAGCGCCACGAGCCCCCCCGCCCCCCAACUAGACGACUGGCCUGGGGCGGGGGGGAGUCCGACGAGGACGGCGACGGCGCUGACGGGAAACGGAUCUGAGACGGCGUUCUGACCCUCCUUGGUGCUUUUCAGACCGUGGGGGCGCGUCUUGUGACGGAUGUCAUGUGAUCAAGCCUUAAAAGGACAAGGAAAAACAAUGUGUACUCUGAUAUAUGUACAGUAUGUAUACUAUUUAUAAAGUACACCCCCUGCUGUGGGUCGUAUGAAUGUGCUAAAUUAUUAUUACGGUGCAUUCAGGAAGCUGGGAAUUCCAAACAAUUCACUACUUUGUCGUCACACAGAAAUAUAAAGGUACAUUUAUUUGUAUUUAUGGGUCAUACUCGUGGUGGACAACCUCGCCUGCAUGGAGUUUGCUGAUAUGAUAUGUUGCUCUAAAACUCUCUGCAUGACUGCUCUUGCUGUCGUUUUUGUUCCCUUACAUUCGCAUCGCGUCAGCUCCGACUUCCCGGUUUCCUUGAAUGCAGCACCGGCACAUGUUUUAAACACGCAGUGGAACCUCCAGACUUCAAACUACUUUUACUCAUACAGUAGAAGUCAUGUAAAUACGAACAUUAAGUGUACAGGCAAGGUUUUAAGUUGCGCUGUAACAUUGACAACUGUCACCCAAGUGUAAAAAGAAGUUAAGCACUGCUAAUACUAAUGUAAAUAGAAAUAGUCUGUUCCAGGGUCAAAAUGAGGCCACCAUAAACUCUUUUGAAGUGUUCAGGAACUGUUUUGGGUCGCAUUUUAACAUUUUUAACUGUCAUCCAAGUGUGAAAAGAAGUUAACCACCGUAAAUGCUCAUGUGCGUAGAAAUAGUCUGUUUCGCCAUCAAAUCUUUUAUUAAGUGCGCAGGCAAUGUUUGAAGUCGCAUUUGAACAUUCUGACAAGUGUAAAAAGAAGUGAACCGCCGUGUCAUAAAACUAAAGUCGGGUCAAGCUACUCACCCUUUGAUGGGGCGUGGCGGAGAGGGAACAGGAAGUUGUUUGCGUCGCCCCUGGUGGUGUUUUAAAGGCGUCGCUCGUUGAGCUCUGCCACAAGUUCCGUUUCCUGUUCCGGGCUUGUCGCCAUCACUGGCACCCUUCCGUAGUGUGACAUGAGGGGAAAAAGCCAAAGAAAAAGCAACAACAAAAAAAGCCCACUCCAAGUUUUGUUUGACUUUUGAGGCAUAUUGUUUGGGGUUGAACUCCAAAUGGUUUGACUUUGGAGGUUCCACUGUCCUUUUAAUAAAGGAUACAGAGUCUUUGUAAAUGCUGCGUUGUGUGGCCAACCACUGGGUGGGUGGGGCCAGGAAGAGGUUUGGCUGAUUUGAACACAAAGCUGGAGAACGGGGGUCGCCGGGCUCGGACCCCGCUCCAAAAGGGACAAAGGGGCUCUCUCUCUCUUCUUCUGGUGUCUUAAAGUGGACGUAAACCCUGAAAGCGAAACCACAUGGAGUCACUCGGGAGAGGAACGAAAACACUUGCCUUAAAUCCAUCGACUAUUUUUGGUUUUAACUCGCCGCCGCUGUGAGUUGCUCAUGUGUUAGCUGAAGUUAGCUAAAGUGGCACCCCCGUCUUUCGUCGCCGUACAUCGCAGACAACAACGUGACAUUAGGCAGCGGAACAGGAGGGCACACGCGUUAGCAACACGAGCAUAGUUAUGCGAUGCCAAAGUGCUAACAUUGCGCUCACAGUUUACCAGCAGCAUCAUGCAAGGUUCGCAUGUUCGCUGGAGAAAAACAACAUCAUCGAGCUCACAGCUCCCACGACUGUAGCUGACUGACGGAUAGUUGCUAGCUGCAUUUCAAGGCGUGUAGCGAAGCCUGUUUUUAUUUUGUAUUUUUUGCAAAGCUGUCAAAUGGUGGGGGUAGUAGGCUUAGAUUUAUUAGAUAUUCAUCAGUAAAACAUUAUAACAUGUCAAGAUUGCAAAGUACCUUUUUUGUACUUAUGGAAGUCAAAUGGGACCAAAAUGGUCUCGAGGGUAAAAAGUGUGGACAUUUUUUUUACAAAAUCUCCUAGCCUAUACACCUUGAAAUAGAGAGGAUUUAAAAAUAAAUCCUUAUAAUAAAGCUAAAUCUGGACAAGUGUCAUACAAUUAACCUUUAAACUUUUUUAAGGAUGUGUAGCGAAGCCUGGUGUAAUUUUUUUUUGUUUGUUUUGUUUUUUGCAAAGCUGUUUUCCGUCAAGUGGUAGGCGUAGUGGGCUUAGAUUUAUUCGGCAUUCAUAGGGUAUUCCUGAGUAAAACAUUAGAAUAUCUCAAGAAUACACUAUUUUUUUUUCUUUUUUGGCUGUCAAACGGGACCAAAUCGGUACCAAGGCUAAAAAGUGUGGGCGUUUUUGCAAAUCUCCUAUUUUAUGCACCUUGAAAAAGAGGCAAUUAAAAAUAAUAAUGAUAAUAAUACAACUAAAUUUGGCCAAGUCUUAUACAAUUAGCCUUUAAACUCUUUUAAGAUGUGUAGCGAAGCCUUUUUUUUCUUUGUUUUUUUUUUUUACAAAGCUGUUUUCUGUCAAGUGGUGGGCAUAGUAGGCUUAGUUGUAUUACGUAUUCAUGGGUUAUUAUCAUAUUAAAAAAAUCUAAUAAAAAAUAUGUGCUUCCUGUGGGAGUCAAAUGGGACCAAAUCGGUCCCGAGGGUAAAAAUUGUGGGCUUUCCUGCAAAUCUCCAAUUCUAUACACCUUGAAAUAGAGGGAAUUAAAACGACUAAUAAUAGUAAUAAAUUAAAUAAAUCUGGCCAAGUCUCAUGCAAUUAGCCUUUCAACCUUUUUAAGAUGUGUAGCGAAGCCUGUUUUUUUGUUGUUUUUUUUUCCCCCAAAGUGGUGGGCGUAUACACGGGGUGGGCUCAUCCAGCUAGAAGCGGGUCAGGGGCGGCAUCCGAAACAGACGCAACUAGAAAAGCGGGCGUUCGAGCGCCUCUCCUCUCCAAACAAAGUGCGGGAUUUUCAUCACGUUUGGUGCUCAUAAACACAGAAAUUACAGUCACAGCAUCAUUAAACAGCCACUUUGGCAUCGUUGGGGGACCUUUAAAAACCUUCUUUGUACUAUUGUGUAUAUUGCAGCUUUAUAUAAAACGUGUUUUUACAAGCCCUGUAGGGGGCAGCGUAAACGGGCGUCUCCAUGACAACUGUCUUGGAAAAGAUAGCGUGGUUAGCUUGCACGGUAAAAAAAAAAAAAAACUUGAACGAGUUAAAGCUGCGGACUCCUCAUUUUGUAUGGAAGUGCAGGUAACCAUGGCAACUGUGCGCUUGAUCCGAAAAGGGCGGCAUACUUUGUGCAUAACGAUCACUGUUGAAAUAGUUUCUACCGUUUCGUGCUUCUUCUCGUCGAGUUUGUCGCUCGUUUGUGAAAAUCUCCGACGGUGAUUAAAAAGGCGGUCCCCCGCCUGAGAGCGACUGGUUGGAGACGAUCCGUAGCGGCGGGGAUACCGACGCGGUUCAGCGACUUCUCGUUGUUUUCUCGCUGUGUAGAUAGAAAAAAAAACACAUACACAAAAAAAACGGAGAAGUGAAAAAGCGCACCUGAUCCGUCUCCCAUGCGUUUACAUUUUGCAGACCACAUGAAUGUCAAGCUAAAGAAGUGUUGGAAACUCAAAACUUCAUUGUUAUGAUUGUGUUGCUUUACUGUUUUUGCUGCGCAGGAGAAAAAUCCGCUGUCUUUGUAUCUCGGCUGACUGGAGUCGUGACAUAAAAACAGUUCUUAGGGCAAAAAAAAAAACAAAAAAAAAACAAAUGUGUAAAUUUGAAUGUGGCCUGGGCUGUUUGGAUCACAUGACUCCAGCGGCGAUGCUCGCUGGCAUACUAGACACUUUUUGCUCAAGCUUACAUUUGAAACUGUGUGUGCGCGUGUGUGUGUGUGUGUGCGUGCGUGUGUUUGUGUACAUAAUUAUUAAAUAUAUCUAUUUUGCAUAUGACAUGAAUAAAGAGAUUGAUGUUGGACAA